GGAUUACGAGAGGGACGAGACAGUGCGUGCAGGAGUAUUUUACAGGACCGUCUCCACGCGCCACGUAACACGAUUGAUGUGGUGGACCAAUCAUUUUCAAAGUUGCAAAUCAAUUAGCGUGGGCACGGCCGCAGGGGAUCUGCUGCAGCCUUGGUCUCGCUUCACGGUGUUCGUUGCUACCUUGUUGACAAAGUAUCAGAGAGUGGUAACAGUCAUCGCACUGCAACGGAAGAACCUCUCGUCUUUUUUAUUUGUUCACAUUCUGAUUUUUCUCUCUAUUUUUUUUUUUCAUUUGGAUUCCUGUUCUUUUCUCCCUUUUUUUGUUGUUUUUGGCAAUUUCGAGGCGGAGGCGUAUCCUUAGCCGCGAGUUUCCUCUCCUACUUCUGCUUUCUGUUUCAAUGGUGGUUGGGGACCUUGAGGCACCGGGGAAUGGGAGGAAGAGGAAGCGCAGAAUUGAAAGAAGGCUCAUCGUUGAUGAAAAAGUAGAGGUGAGGAGUUUGGAAGACGGGUUUCUUGGUUCUUGGCAUGAUGCCACUGUUAUUGCGUGUAGCAAUGGAGUUCGUCACGUCAUGUACGACCAUCUUCUUCUCAAUGAUGGCUCUAAUUUCCUUGUUGAUACUGUUGCCGUUUCUGCCGUUUUAGAUGAUGCUAAUUCCUCUAUUCGGAAUUCGGAUUUUCGAGGAUAUAUAAGGCCAAUACCACCGAAGAUUGACUUUGGAAAGUGGGGCUUGCCUUAUGGGCUGUGUGUUGAUGUGAAUUACCAGGAUGCAUGGUGGGAAGGUGUUAUUUUUGAUCACGAAGAUGGUUCGGAAGAGAGAAGGGUUUUCUUUCCGGAUUUGGGUGAUGAGCUGAAGGUUGGAAUUGAUGCAUUUCGUAUUACCCAGGAUUGGGAUGAGGCUACAGGGGAUUGGCAGAGACGUGGGACCUGGUCGUUUCUUGAGUUAAUUGAUCAAUGUGAACAAGAAUCCUACCUUCCUGUUUCUUUGAAGCAAAUAUGGUAUGAAGUACGGGCAAAAAAGGAUUUCAUGAAGAUUGGAGAGUGGACUUUUCCUAUGAACGAUUUGUGGAAGGAAUUGGUGACGGAGGUCAUUGAUGAAAACUUAGAAAUUACUCUAAAGGAAAUGCUUCGGGUUUUWGACAUUCCCUCCAGUGUAGGAAGUGCACUUGUUAAAGCUAAUGUUUGUAUCAGUAAGAGUCCUUUGGCCAACUUAGUUGACUUUGAUGCUAUUGCAAUUCAAGGGGAAUCUGCAAAAAGUGAUAUGAUAACUAGUGAUGAUUUCAAUCAAGAAAAUGAAUUUGAUGCCUGUGGUUUGGAAAUGGAAGAAGUGUCCAAGCAUGAUGGUUUGGAUACAGAGUUGAUGGAUUCUGGUACAAAUUCUACUAAUAUUCAUCUAGCUCAAGAGAAAUAUCAGUUGGAUGAUGAGACCAAAAUGAAAACUUCAAAUGAUUUAGGUCUUUCGUCCCACGAUGAAGCAUUGUCUAUGCUGUCUAAAGCAUCAUCAUCCUUCGUUUCUGAUGCUGAGGGAUUUUCUGGUGAUGGUGCCAUUAGCAAUCAACUUCCAAUUAUCGAGCAUGAAAAUGUAAAUAAACAGCUGAAAUGUUCAGGACGUAGGAACUCCCAGAAGUGGACAUCUCUUAGUGCUACGAUCCUUCCUGAUGCUGCAUUAUGCCCAGAUGCUGUUACUGAAUAUUUACUUUUGGGUAGAGAAAAGCCUACACAAACCUUAAUUGAUAAUGCAAGGAAUCAUCUUUUAUAUCUUGGCUGGAAAAUUGAUUGUAGUCAAGGGAAGCGUAUUCUUAGGUUUAGGUAUACCCAUCCCGAUGGGAAGUGUUUCUAUUCUCUUCGUCAGGUGUGCAAGCUCUUGACAGAACCCUCUGCCAAGAUCCCUCCACCUAUUUCCAAAGAUGAAAUGAGAAAUAUGCAUGACCCAUGUCAUGCAAUUUUCCCAUCUAGGGUCCUUGAACAGAGAGAAAGUAGUUCAAGUCCUGACAAUUGCUCUCAAACUACUCUUGAUGGUUCUGGUGUCGUUUUAGAAAAACCUGAAUUUUUGCAUAAAGCUGUCAUGGACUACUAUAAUUUGAGUAAGUUAGGCAGUAAUGGAAUGGAGAAUGAGUUUGAAAUGCAAGUGAAAGCAAGGGAGGAUCUAUUAUCUUUGGGAUGGCAUUUGAUCGACAACAACAAAGGAAAAAAAGGCAGGAAAAGAUGGUACUACACUUCACCAUUAGGCAGAGCUUGUUCGUCACUUUUAACAGCCUGCAAGAUCUGUUUAGAUGAAGAAGGGGUCUAUAAAAGUACUAAGUCUGCUUGUACACGUACUGGAAAUAUAUAUGUAAUAAAGGGUGAGGGCCAGAUUGUUAGAAAUAAAUUUUACUCUGCACCAAGUAAUAUGGAUUCACAGGAAUGCUCAAUGCCUUCAACUUCAAUUAGAACAUUUUUUGGAGAGUCUCCUAGAACGUCUCCAUCCAAAGAUAUUGUGGAAUUUAGUCGUGAAAAAUUUCAAAGGACUAAAAAACUGAGGAGCRUGGCUAAUUUAUUUGAUUUUUCAUCUCACUUGCUUCAAAGCCAGCAUAAAUUAGAUGGUAAAGAAUAUAAAUCAGACAUCCAGUCCGUAUGCAAGAAGUAUGUGAGGCGCAUAAGGAAUUGUAGAGCAGCUAAGCAAAGUUUGAACAGAGGAAGUGUAUCUGUGGGUGUCAAUAAGUUUUCAGAUUAUAUGGAACAUAGGAGGUCAGUGCGUGUGUCACGCUCAAGAAAAAGAGUGCAUGAGGUGGUCACUCCAAGUCCUUCACACCACAACCCUAGAACUGUGAUCUCCUGGUUGAUAGACAACAAUAUGGUGUUGCCAAGGGCAAAGGUUUACUACUGUAGAGGGAAGGGUCAUCGACCAAUGGCUGAAGGAAGGAUAUCUCGUGAUGGGAUCAAAUGCUGCUGCUGUCGGAAGGUAUUUACUGUCAAUGGUUUUGAAAUUCAUGCUGGCAGUACUUCAUCUAGRUCAGCUGCAAAUAUACUUUUGGAAGAUGGAAAAUCUUUGUUAGAAUGCCAGAUACUAUGCAAUAAAAAAGCCAGGAAUUUCAAAAGAGAAGCAGUUGGUUGUAGGAAAGGUGGCGAUUCUAAAGGUGAGAAUGACUAUAUCUGUUCAAUUUGUCACUUUGGAGGCACAUUAAUUUUAUGUGAUCAGUGUCCAUCUUCAUUCCACCAAUGCUGCCUUGGUUUAAAGGACAUUCCUGAAGGUGAUUGGUUUUGUCCAUCGUGUUGUUGUGGCAUUUGUGGCUGGAACAAAUUGAAUGAACACACCAAUGUUGUUGACGACCCUUUCCUCACUUGUUAUCAGUGUGAGCGUAAAUAUCAUGUUAAUUGCCUAGGAAUCAAGGGGUCCCAAAACAUCGGAAGCUAUCCUAAAACCUAUUGGUUUUGUAACAAACAUUGUAAAGAGAUACAUUGGGGUCUCCAAAGGCUACUGGGAAAAUCAAUUCCAGUGGGUGACAAUCUUACCUGGUCACUACUGAAGCCCACAAAUUCUGAUACUCAUUAUUUCAAUCCUUCUCAUGUUGAGACCUUAACAGAAAGCCAGAGCAAGCUUAAUGUCGCCCUCUCUGUGAUGCAUGAAUGUUUCGAACCUGUUAAGGAACAUUACACGAGCAGAGACAUUGUAGAGGAUGUCAUUUUUAGCAGAAGGUCAGAGCUCAAGCGGUUGAACUUCCAAGGUUUCUAUACAGUGCUCUUAGAAAGAAAUGAUGAAUUAGUUAGUGUUGCUUCGAUAAGGGUAUAUGGAGAGAAGGUGGCAGAAAUACCCCUUGUUGGCACACGUUUUCAGUAUCGCCGACUUGGCAUGUGUCGCAUCUUGAUGAAUGAGCUUGAAGAGAGACUAAGAGAUCUGGGAGUUCAGAGGCUGGUCUUGCCGGCUGUUUCUAGUGUGUUAAAUGCAUGGACUACUUCAUUUGGAUUUUCGAGGAUGACUGAUUCCGAGAGAUUAGAGUUUCUUAAUUACACUUUCCUGGACUUCCAGGAAACUGUAAUGUGCCAGAAAUUCUUGCUGAAGAAUACAGUUGCACCUUACUCAUUAACAGGGAAUUCUGAACUUCAUGAUGAUGUCAACAAAACCAGCAAUAGUACUGAUAAUGCUUGUGCAUCCAGUGUGAUAACUGAAUUUCAUCUGACGCCACAUACCGAGGAGAGCGGUAUCAUGAGUCAAGGACAAGCGGAAACUUCUGCAGGUAAUAACAGUGAUAACAGCACUGGUCUGGAGGUGGUUAACGUGGAGAAGUUGAAGAACCAUCUUCAAAACAAUACAACAAGCCACAUUGAGAAAUUUCCCGUCUGCUUGACCGAAGGCUACAAACAUUUUGGGGGUCUCAAGCAGAGUGCUCAUGACUACUUGAAGUACUACAGGAGGAGAAGCAAGUUGAUCAGUUGUUGAUUGAGACUCGAUUGUGCUCUCGAGUAGGACGAUGCUCCGAAAGAUCCCUAACUUGUUAGUGCAGCAUGCCAUAAUACCCGACUCGGAAUUUUUGCGUGUUCUUCUGUACAAAAUAAUUGCAGGAAGAGAGUUAGGAAGAAGUUUUUUGAUAGGUUUUUCUAGGAUGAGGUGUUGUAAAUAUUGAUGCUAGUCGUUUUGGUUGGCAUGAACUAGCACUUUAACUUUCCUUCUUGUCUACAAUAAUAUGAAGUAAACCAUAUGGAGAAACAGCUAUUUUGCAGAGAAAAUGAAGAAUUAAAUUUUGUUUA